AUGGAGACCUUCUCUGACAAACAGACUCAAAAAUUUGACGUUAUUAUUGUGGGUUGUUCCAUUGCUGGCUUAACACUUGCCAAUGCUCUUUCUAAGCGUAAGAUCAACUACGUCGUUCUCGAAUCCCAAAAGAACCUGCCACCACCUCUUACCGGGAAUGCACUUACCUUACUCCCUAAUGGGGUGCGCAUACUCAGUCAACUCGGACUGUUGGAAGAUCUUAAAGCUGCUUCGCAGUCAAUCACUAGCCAUUCAACCUGGCUUGCCAGCGGAUAUCUGCUCAAAACGGUUGAUAUGAUGCAGCUUCCGUCCACGAGACAUGGUUACGACUCGGUCGUGAUUGCCCGCUGGGAUUUGAUAGAGAUCCUUUACAAUAGUUUGGUCGGGGACAGGCCCCGCGUUGUGUUUGAUAAGCGUGCAGUUCAAUUCGAUCAAAGCUCAUCGGAAGUCAAGGUGAAAUGCGCCGAUGGAUCCUCAUUUGCUGGGGACGUAGUUGUCGGCGCGGAUGGCAUUCAUAGUGCCACACGAAGAGAAACCCUCUGGCAGCAAGACCUUUCUAGGGCGCUUAGUUGUAUUCAAAAUGUGCCGCUAAAAUUGACCUCAGAGUAUUCCGGCAUUUAUGGCAUCUCAAACCCUAUACCUGAAUUACACCCAGGACAAGCGCAUCGAACUUAUGGGAACGGCUUCUCCUUUAUCGUUAACGUUGGCAAACACGGCCGUAUCUACUGGCUUCUGUCAAUCAGAUCUAAAGAAACACAUCAGUACCCCCGUCUUUCACGCUACGCGCAAGACCAGACAUCAAUCGACGAACAGGUCCGACCGUUCUUGGAUACCCAUAUUUCUAGCACGAUCCUCUUCAAAGAUCUGUAUUACAACACCAAAACAUGUGUUCAUGUUGGGCUCGAGGAACUCCUUUGUGAGAACUGGGUUUCAGGGAAUAUUGUCUGUAUUGGUGAUUCUGUACACAAAAUGACUCCGAAUUUGGCACAAGGAGCUAACUGUGCUAUUGAGAGUGCCGCAUCGCUAGCUAAUCGCCUUGUCUGUAUCCUAGACAAACGCCAGGGUCGUGUCUGCUCUGAAAAAUGUGGGCGUGAGGCGAUAUUACAAUCCUGGGAAGCCUCACGAAAGCAUAGAAUGAGAUUCUUCUACACAUGUUCAUGGAUACUGGCUCGAUGUGAGAGCUUUUGUGGAAUUUUCUUUAAGGGGCUAGGACUAUACAUUGGUUCAUAUCAUGGUGAGCAAGUUAUCAGCUACAUAUCAGAUAUUGAUGGCCAAACAGAAUACUUGGAUUUCUUAUCCGAGCCUCCGCGCAUAUCCAAACCAGUGUUGAAGGUGAAUCAUGGGUGCCUCUUUUUUUUGAAUUAUCUAUUUGUAAAGAUGGCAUUCGCACUACUAGACGGUUCGCUUAAGCUUUGGCGGUUUUGUUUCCCAUAA